AUGGACUAUAGGACUAAUAUCACAGAAUUUCUUCUCCUAGGAUUUUCUCAGACAAAAGAAAUACAAAUUAUCUGCUUUGUAUUAUUUUUACUUUGUUACAUUGCAAUUUUAUUUGGGAACCUACUUAUCAUUAUUUCUGUUACAUGUAGUCACCUUCUCAACCAGCCUAUGUAUUUCUUUCUGAGUUACCUUGCACUUUCUGACUUGUGCUACACCUCCACUGUGACACCGAACCUGAUUAUCAACUUAGUAGCAACAAGAAAGUCAAUUUCCUACAAUGGUUGCAUGACACAGCUCUUCACUAUGCACUUCUUUGGGGGCAUUGAGGUCUUUAUUCUCACAGGAAUGGCCUAUGACCGCUAUGUGGCCAUCUGCAAGCCCCUGCACUACACCAUCAUCAUGAACAGGCAGAAGUGUGAUGCUGUAAUUGUUGCUUCCUGCGCUGGGGGAUUUCUGCAUUCCUUCGGUCAAUUUCUCCUGGCAGUGUUCUUACCCUACUGUGGACCCAAUGAAAUAGAUCACUAUUUCUGUGAUGUGUACCCUCUGCUCAAACUGGCUUGUACUGACACCAGAAAAAUUGGUUUCUUGGUCAUUGCUAACUCCGGCUUGAUGGGCUUAGUGACUUUCUUGGUCUUGUUGAUAUCAUAUGCUGUGAUCUUAUACACUGUUAGGUCUUACUCUACAGAAAAUCGUCGCAAAGCUCUUUCCACUUGCAGUUCACACGUCACCGUGGUAGUCCUUUUCUUUGCUCCUCUACUGUUUAUUUAUAUUCGACCAGCAACUACAUUACCAGAAGACAAAGUAUUUGCUCUCUUUUAUACUAUCAUCGCUCCCAUGCUCAACCCCCUCAUUUAUACACUCAGAAACAAGGAGAUGAAGAAUGCCACCAAGAGACUAUGUUACCGUAUAACAGGGAGUGAAGGAAGCAGGGUGAAUGGCUUCACUGUUUUCCACCAUCACACAGUUUCUUGA